AUGGCGAUCCUCGGUGCCCUCACUACGAUAUACACGCCUAGCGGCGUUGGCUGCUCGUCAAACACGUUGCAGUCGAUGGUAUAUAUACUUGGCUCCAGCAAGGAACCAUUAAUGAUUGCUUUCCAUCGAGCUAUGAUCCUUACGACCUUGAAUAUUAUUCCCCUGGCAUAUGUUUGCAAGGUUAUCCUUAUGCAUGCAGAGUAUCACGACUACAAGAAUCCACCUACUAAUGAGUGUAUCGCCCGCAGUGGAUUCACUUGCCGCGGCGGACGAGAUGGCCUAUCAGAUCCCAAUGCUUGUGGUUCCGCUUUGCCCUCUGAUAGUUCCUUUGUAGUGCACGUCAUAUCCUACAUUGGCGACUCCAGCAUUCCAUCUACGGUUGGUACAACCACCACUUUCUAUGCGCUUGGUAAUAUCGUUCUUGCCAAAGGGCUCAUCGUAUGGAGAGGCAAGGAUGACCCUGAGUGGCCUCCAACAAAUUCCGCGGGCAGUGUCACGACUACAAUAAGUGCCUCCAUCACAACAGCAAGUGUACUGCCCAUGCCAACAUCGAUACCGACUAUGACAAGCACAGAACCUCCCCCGAACAGUGGCACAUCUUCCACUGCGAGUGAUCUUAGUAUUGGUGCUAAAGUGGGCAUUGGCGUUGGUGUGUCGGUGGGCAUCUUCGCAAUUCUCGGUGCGAUAGCGAUAGGAUACCUAUUUGGCAGACGAAAACGACGUUCCACCCUGGGCAAUUCAACCGUAGGCGGUGAUGAUGUUGGCGAGAUAAAAAAAGGUGAACGGGAGAUACAAAAUGUACAGGAGAUGGCGACCCAAAAGGAGCCGGUAGAAUUAAUGGCCCAUUAA